AUUGGGUGUACAUGGCACGUGGAUUACUGUUGGAUCGAAAAUCUACUUGUUCAGCAGCAAAAAUCUCAAUAAAACCUAUGAAGAUUCAUACUUGACAUGCUGUGGACUGGGAAUGAAAUUGAUCAGCUUCCACCAUAGUCUGGCAUAUGAACAAGUGUCGCAAGCAUUCAAGCAAGGAAAAUUGGAACCAUCAAAAUUUUGGACUUCGGGAACUGAUUAUGGGUGUGAAAACGCGUUUGGAUUUUGCGGGUCUAACACAUUACUGCGUGAUGACUCAAGGUGGGCGACUGGGGAGCCAAACGAUUUAAACGGCACAGAGAACUGCAUUUCGGUGGAGCUGAAAAAUAACUCUCUUCUACUCUUUGAUGACAAUAAUUGCAAUUUAAGGCAGCGAUACCUUUGUGAGGGACGUGUCGUAAGCCCUUCACUCCCCACUGCAAUAGAAGAAGACUGCCGCCUGAUGUUCAGUUUGACCAAAGAGGAUAUCCAACGGGUGAUGACCGAGGGUCCAAAAGAUUUGCAAGGAAAAUGUUUUUUCAAAUGCUUCGGUGAAAAUUCCGGGCUGUACGUAAAUGGCAAACUGUCUGAGGAGAAAUUGUACGCAGCCUUUUCUGAAAUAGCGCCAGAAAAUUUGACAGCACUAAUUGCAAUGUACAACACGAUGGAUUACUGCUCCAACAUGACUCGUGGAAUGGACCUUUGCGAUAAAGCAGCAGAACUUAAAGCAUGCGGCGAUCAAUCGGCACCAGAGGCAAUGGCCAAGCUUAUGGAUCAUUUGGAAAAAACAAUGGCGGACCCUCCGAUUUUGCUUCCAACUGGCAAGGCAUACUGUCCAACAGACUUUAAUUGUUACAUAGAUGGAAAAUUAAAAAACCUUUUUGACGCUACACCAAAUGACUCUUACAUGUAUUACUCUGAAGGCUACGGAUACGUCAAGCACGCUUGCGGAUCGACAUUUUUAUAUCUCUCGCAUAGAUAUGAGGUAACCUUAACAGAAUCUUUGGAAAAGUGCUGCCGUUUUGGUUUGCGAAGCGUCAUAAUACCCACUGCUGAAAAGUAUGAUUGCAUGAUCAGCAGCAAAUUAGGGGGUAACACGUCCCACACCUUAGUAAUGACAGCUGCAUCUCGACUUGGAUAUCCCACUCGACCUGUUUGGUGCUUCACGGGAGACACGCUGAUGAACCUGACGAUAGCACCAAACAACCUAUCCACACUAUAUAGUAGGUAUCCCUACAAUAUCCAAUUCAAACUCAAGGAAAAAGGAAUGGGCGCCUACUUUGAUUCCAUCUCUGAAGUGCUCUGCGAAUCAUACUAGCUUUGGCACAACCUUUGAUUUUAAUUGGAAGCAUUGAAUAAUGUAUAAAAAUUGGUAUUGUGAGAUAUUUGAUUUUCAUAAAACUGGAAGUGUGUGUUUUUGAAAGAAAGAAAACUGUGAAUCAUAUUACUUGAAACAAUUGAACUGAAUUAAACUUAUAAUAAAUAAACAAAAAUAAUAUGAAUUAGAAGCGGCGCACAAAAUGCAUUAA